UAUUAGCACGCGGUUUCUAAUAGCAGUUUAAGGGAAAUUUCAAAUGCAACUUGGAUCAACUAUGAGUUGUUGAAUAGUGUAUAUAAGAUCGAGUAACCUUCAUCAAACCAACACCACGAAAAAGACGACAAGGAGGGACACAGGAAACAUGUCAUCCAGCACUGCUGCCAUACUAGCCCUCGUCAUCAUCCUCCUCCCGCCGAUAACUCUCGCCGGCGAUCUUCAUGGCUUCCGCGCCACUCUUACUCGCAUCCACGAGCUCUCCCCCGGCAAAUACUCGGAAGCGGUACGCCGCGACAGCCACCGCAUCGCUUUUCUCUCCGACGCCACCGCAGCCGGCAAGGCCACCACCACCAACUCGUCGGUCAGUUUCCAGGCACUGCUUGAGAACGGCGUGGGAGGGUACAACAUGAACAUCUCCGUCGGCACGCCGCUACUCACCUUCUCGGUCGUGGCCGACACCGGCAGUGACCUCAUCUGGACGCAGUGCGCGCCGUGCACCAAAUGCUUCCAGCAGCCUGCGCCGCCAUUCCAGCCGGCGAGCUCCUCCACCUUCUCCAAGCUCCCGUGCACCAGCUCCUUCUGCCAGUUCCUACCCAACUCCAUCCGCACGUGCAACGCCACCGGCUGCGUCUACAACUACAAGUACGGCAGCGGCUACACCGCGGGCUACCUCGCCACCGAGACGCUCAAAGUCGGGGACGCCUCUUUCCCCAGCGUCGCGUUCGGGUGCAGCACGGAGAACGGCGUGGGCAACUCGACGUCGGGCAUCGCGGGUCUUGGCCGCGGCGCGCUGUCCCUCAUACCGCAGCUCGGCGUCGGCCGGUUCUCGUACUGCCUCCGCUCCGGCUCUGCCGCCGGCGCCAGCCCGAUACUGUUCGGCUCCCUGGCCAAUCUUACGGACGGAAAUGUCCAGUCGACGCCGUUCGUCAACAACCCCGCGGUACACCCCUCGUACUACUACGUCAACCUCACCGGCAUCACCGUCGGUGAGACGGACCUCCCGGUGACGACCAGCACGUUCGGCUUCACGCAGAACGGCCUCGGCGGCGGCACGAUCGUGGACUCCGGCACCACGCUCACGUACCUCGCCAAAGACGGCUACGAGAUGGUGAAGCAGGCCUUCCUGUCCCAGACGGCUGACGUGACCACGGUGAACGGCACGCGCGGCUUGGACCUGUGCUUCAAGAGUACCGGCGGCGGCGGCGGCGGCAUAGCCGUGCCGAGUCUGGUGCUGCGCUUCGAUGGCGGAGCUGAGUACGCCGUGCCAACUUACUUCGCCGGAGUUGAGACGGACUCGCAGGGCAGUGUGACCGUAGCGUGCUUGAUGAUGCUGCCGGCGAAGGGUGACCAGCCGAUGUCUGUCAUAGGCAACGUGAUGCAGAUGGACAUGCACCUGCUCUACGAUCUCGACGGCGGGAUUUUCUCCUUCGCUCCGGCGGAUUGCGCCAAAGUGUGAUUUGUACCGUCCGUUUGGUUACUGUAUUAACCGGCGAGAGUAAUAAGUCUACGAGUGCCUACCUACCAUAUCAGCCAUUUGAUGUUGCUGUUGGUCAAGUCUUUCUUCUUGUUUUGCACAUAUCGUCCUGAGUCAGUCCGUCUGCUGGUUCCUUAAUAUGUGGUGAUGAAUGAAUUCUAUGUUCCGUGCCUUUGAAUUAA